CGACGAGCAAUUCUGCAUUGGAUAAUUUUCUCGAUGCACCUGCAGCCACGCGUCGCCUUCUCGGUUCCCGAGGAAGAAGCGGAACUCUCUUUUCGACGAGAAAGGAGAACUUUUACGCCUUCUCCUCCUCGUGCUUUUACCACCCAUUCUACUGGCUCCGAUUGCGCCGCCGCAUUCUCGAGCCCACCACUGUAUUGGAACGAACUUGGUCGAACGAAUAGAUUUCAUGUUCUGCCAGCAUCUUCGUCCAGCGAUUUGGUCGACCUUUCGUACGGCUGUUGUGCGGAACACUGCCUGUAGUAAAACUGAUUCUUUGUCUAGCGUAGCUUCGGCAGGGAUGCCUGGACAAUUUCCUCGGUUAUGAUGGAGUCCAGCCUGAUGAGUUGUUCGGGGAGAAUAUUAUUGCCUCUUCCGAAUUGUUUCCACGAAAGGAAAUCUCGGGCCCGAAGAUUCGAGAGUAGAUCGUCGUUGAACGUGAAUUUGAGCAGCGAUGGCGCUUGGAAAGGAAUCCGACGCAGACAGGGAGCUCCACUGGCGAAUAUGUUUGCCUCGCGUAAUGGAGGGUUGGUUAGGAGACCGAAUACUCCCUACUCCCUCCCACCGAAUGUCAAGUUGGACCAUAAAUUGUUGAAAGAUGGAGAUGAUAAAGAGGACAAUGAGUUCGCAGCGACUGGUGGUGAGGACAACGAUGAGCAGCAGGAUUUCAGUUUGGCUGCUGCUGAUGCACCUUCCAUUGCAUUUUGGGACAAAUUCCCCCAAAGAUAUAAGCUCAUCGUCACAACUUCGCUAGCUUUUGUUGUCUGCAACAUGGACAAGGUGAAUAUGAGUGUGGCUAUCAUUCCGAUGGCCCAUCAACUAGGUUGGUCAGCCUCGACAUCGGGACUUGUGCAGUCUUCAUUCUUCUGGGGUUAUUGUCUCAGCCAGCUUCCCGGUGGAUUCCUUGCUGGGAGGUUUUCUGGCAAGAAAGUGUUGCGAGCAGGUGUGCUGGUCUGGUCAUUAGCAACAGCCCUCGUACCGCUAACUGCCACCUUCUUGCCGGGCCUUUUAUUUUGCCGACUGCUGGUUGGAUUAGGUGAAGGUGUAUCCCCGUCCGCUGCAACCGAUUUGAUUGCCAGGACUAUGCCCAUAAACGAACGUGCAAGAGCUGUGUCGUUUGUCUUCGGGGGCCUUAAUGUUGGCAGUAUCGUCGGACUGUUGUUGGCUCCCGCCAUAAUUAAGCUCUUCGGGUGGGAAGUCGUCUUCUACCUCUUCGGUUUAAUUGGUAUCGGCUGGUGUCUUGCAUUUGACUCAGCGACGACUGAGGUGAGACCGAGUAGUACAUCAACACCAAACAGUCAAGUAGGAGAAAACGGAAACGCUUUUUCAAAUGGGCAAGUACUGAAGUCUUCCCCCGCUUCGACCUCGAAAGCGGCUUCCAAGGCAGCCUCGGAUGCUCAUGCUGCCACAUUUGACAUAUCUGACAAGGCCAUUCCUUGGAGAGCCUUUUUCAAAGAGCCAGCUUUAUGGGCAAUGAUCUACGCCCACUUUUGUGGAAACUGGGGAUAUUACAAUCUUCUCGCCUGGUUUCCUACUUAUUUCAGUGAGGAGCUUAACUUGGACCUUACAAAUGCGGCAUUGGUGUCGAUUCUUCCUCCACUUGGUUCUGUGGUGGUUUCCGGUGUUGCAUCAUCUUUAGCUGACCAUUUAAUAUCUAAAGGGGUUGACACAACUAAGGUCAGGAAACUGUGUCAAACCAUCGCCUUUAUGUCUCCGGCAGUGUGCAUGGGUAUUGCAUCAUUCUGUCCAGGUCUUCCACCCUGGUUAAUAGCUGUGGUUCUAACAGCCGGUUCUAGCUUAUCAACCUUCACUCUCGCGGGACUUUACUGCACACACCAGGACAUUUCACCAAAAUACGCAAGCAUUCUUUUGGGAAUUACCAAUACUGUAGGAGCCAUUCCUGGAAUACUGGGGGUAGCACUCACCGGUUACAUUCUUGAUCAGACGAACUCCUGGACUCUGGCGUUAUUUGCACCUUCCAUAUUCUUUUACGUUACUGGUACAGUGGUGUGGAAUUUAUUCGCCAGCAGCAAACCAAAGGAAUUCUAGUCCCUAUAGGCCAUAUAUUGUACACAAAUUAACCAGGUGAACUGGUUUGUACGCUAUCAAUCCAGCUUAGUUUUCCAUUUUUGUACCUCUUAGAGACUUUUCUGGCGAACGAACGUUUGUCUGAAAAUAGAUAGGAAUUAUUUCUCCACAUUGGGUCCACAAAGCAGAGGAGCAUACUUUAGUUGUUAGGCAGAGUAGGCAGAUUGGAGAUAGUAAAUCUAAUUCACUUGUGGAUAACAAAUUUUGCCAGAUCUUUUUUCAUGAUUUAACACCGAUGUAGUGCAAAAUCUAUGAUGCCUUCGUCCUAAGAAAUAUUGAGGAAUCUGU